AUGCAAAGAGAGUUGGUAAUUGAUGGAACAGACCAUGUUGUAGGAAAGCUUGCAGCUUUUGUAGCAAAGAAGGCACUUGGAGGGAUGCACUAUACAUGUUGUCUGCUCCGAAAGCAUGGUCUUCACGGGUCCCAUGCAUCGUCAUGUGGCUAA